AUGGUGCCAAAAAAGUACAAAAAAAUACCAGAUUCCACAUCUGACAUACUUCAGGUAACUCAAAAUGCAGAUUACAGAAACAGGCUACGAAAGGCCAUCACAACAGAGUUCUUCCCAUUACUGAGCGGUGAGAUAACGGUAUCUGAUAAGACCGCUGAGAGUGUGGGGGAGGACCCUGGUGAAGAGCCAAUCAACUCGGUAGUGGCAAAGUAUAUUCCGGAGGACUCUCAUGAGUUUAAUCAGAUGGUUGUAAGAGAUAAUAUGGCAAGAAGGAGGCGGCAUGGUUGGGCAUUUGGUGGAGUGUCUAAAGUGGAGAAGCAGGGUGAAAAGUCUGGGACUAGGGCAUUGGUGAAAAACGUGAAAAACGUCCAAGUUUCAACAAACGAUGAUGCCGAUAAAACUAGCAAAACUGUUGGUGCUAUUGAAGCUAGUCAGACUGCUAGCAGUCUCACGGCUGCUGCUGCCUUCUCAAAAGGAUGGCCAUCUAGACCUGAUCCAAGACUCUCUAUCACCUCCACAAAAGGUUGGAAAUCAGCGGCUAAUCGGCCUCAAAGAAAAGGGCACGUUCUGACAGAAAACACGCGAUUGUCAUCAGAUCCACUUAGACUACUGGCGAUAGGCGAAAGCGUAACGUCCGAGGACUUUCUUGGAGUGAAGCCCUCCAAAAGAGCAAUGACUUAUGAAAAACAGUACGAUCCGGUGCCUCUACGGGAUCCUUAUGAGAUUGAGAGGAAGGUGCGAAAGUGA